AGUCCUCGCUGCUCGGCUCGCCUUUCGGCCAUCUUCGGGAUCGCUCGGGGUACCAAGAUGGCGGGGUUCAUCAGUCCUUACCUGAACCUUGUCCGGAACGCGUUUAGCGUCGUCAGGCACAACGGCGGCGUCAUAGGGUCCGUCUGGACGCUGCUAAGGGCCGGCGACCUGCGGGAAGGCACCCUGGUGGGCGUGGACCAGUUUGGAAACAAGUACUUCGAGAACAAGAAGUAUUUCUACGCCCGUCACCGCUGGGUGGAGUUUGGAGACAAGCAGAAGAGCUGGUGGGAGCCGGACGCCAGUCAGAUCCCCGCGGAGUGGCACCGUUGGAUGCACUGUAUCGGGGAACACCCCCCGACAGAAGUGCCGCUCACCAACCCCAAGUUCAAGCAGGAGCAUCGCAUCAACUUCUCGGGGAACAGCAGAGAGAACUACGUCCCCUACACCACCACACCCCCCAAGAUAGAGAGCUGGCAACCCCCCAAGAACACCCCCUCGUAGAUGUACAAUGUAUCACCCCCCCAUCUCUUAAUUGUUGGUUUAUUCAGAUACUCUAACAGUCUUCAGAAAAAUAUUCGAUAACAUCAAUACAGACAAUAAACAGGUUUAUCUCUGUUAAAGAAAUGCAGCACAUGUUUUUGUUUCAUUGUCGUGUGUUGCUGUGAAGAUGCCAUCAUUGAAAUAUCUGCUCAAACAUUGCUAGCGCCAUCUUCCUGUAGAGAGUGGUACUGCAGAUAGCAGGUGAGUUAGAGUUGUAUUGGCUCACAAGGACUUUGUUGUGAUGAAUGACACCAGACACAGAGGAUGGAUAUACUUUCAUGUUUGAACACAUGUAUCUAGUACAUGGAUGUGAGCUGUAGAAAUCCAAAAGCAAUUCCAAGACUUGAGAUUCUUCUGUAAAUCUGUGCAUGAAUAAACUAUU